CCAGAGAUAGUCAAAUCGGAUUCCUUAGGGAAGGGACACAAAUCACUCCCAUUUUAACAAGGGGAGCGACGCGGGAUCUGCAGCCACAAGGGUCUACCUCCUCUCCUUGAUUUUCCAUUUCUCAUUCAUUUGAUUUUAAGAGAAAGAUCAUUGGUGGGGAAAAAGAAAGAAGAAGAAGAAAAACUUGUCAGGGGAUGAUGACACUUGAUCUGGCCCCGGCUGUGAGCUGUAGUUGAUCCUAUUGUUUCUUAAAGUCACUCCUGAGCUUUUGUUUUAACUGAGUCUUUUUAAGCGGACACAGCAAAGUCUCAAGUGAGCUAAUAAUCUUCGUCUGCUCUUCCAUUCCUCACAUUUUAUUUCCGUUUUUCUCAUUUGUGAUGUUCUCGCACCAUACACCUAAACCUGGAUUCUGACAGACAUCGCUUCAUCCGAUAUUUCUUUUUGUACCGGUAUUUUUCAAAGAUUGACAAGUGAGCAGACUUACGGGCACUUGGACGGACUCUCCCCCGCAAGCGGAAAAACGCAAAUCGUUUACUGGCGAUCAGAAGGAACGGGGCCGGGGCGUAUAAGAACAGCCAGAAAGAGUGACAGGAAAGAGAAGCUGUGUUCAUGUUUGGGAUUCAAGAGAGCAUUCAAAGGAGUGGAAGUAGUAUGAAAGAGGAGCCCAUCGGAUCCGGAAUGAACGCGGUUCGGACAUGGAUGCAAGGAGCCGGGGUGCUAGAUGCAAACACGGCCGCUCAGAGCGGAGUUGGUCUUGCCCGCGCGCACUUCGAGAAGCAGCCGCCGUCGAACCUCCGAAAAUCCAACUUCUUUCACUUCGUUUUGGCGCUUUACGACCGACAAGGACAGCCUGUGGAAAUCGAAAGAACUUCUUUCGUUGGAUUUGUUGAAAAAGAACGGGAAUCCAACGGCGAAAAGACAAACAAUGGGAUCCACUACCGACUACAACUUCUGUACAGCAACGGUAUCAGGACAGAGCAAGAUUUCUAUGUGCGACUGAUCGACUCCAUGACCAAGCAGGCCAUUAUUUAUGAAGGUCAGGACAAGAACCCCGAAAUGUGCAGGGUGCUGCUGACGCACGAGAUCAUGUGCAGCCGCUGUUGUGACAAGAAAAGCUGUGGUAACCGGAACGAGACGCCCUCUGACCCCGUCAUCAUCGACAGGUUCUUCCUAAAGUUCUUCUUGAAAUGCAACCAGAACUGCCUGAAGAACGCAGGGAACCCGAGGGACAUGCGGCGCUUCCAGGUGGUGGUGUCCACUACGGUAAACGUGGAUGGUCACGUCCUGGCUGUGUCCGACAACAUGUUUGUGCACAACAACUCCAAGCACGGCCGGAGAGCACGCCGGCUUGACCCCUCGGAGGGGACGCCGUCGUACCUGGACCACGCAGCCACCCCCUGCAUCAAGGCCAUCAGUCCUAGCGAAGGGUGGACAACGGGAGGUGCCACCGUCAUCAUCAUCGGGGACAACUUCUUCGAUGGGCUGCAGGUCAUCUUCGGCACAAUGCUGGUCUGGAGUGAGCUGAUCACCCCCCACGCUAUCCGCGUGCAGACCCCGCCCCGGCACAUCCCCGGCGUGGUGGAGGUCACUCUCUCCUACAAGUCCAAACAGUUUUGCAAAGGCACCCCCGGGAGGUUCAUCUACACAGCCCUGAAUGAGCCCACCAUCGACUACGGCUUCCAGCGGCUGCAGAAGGUCAUCCCCAGGCACCCCGGCGACCCUGAGCGCUUACCCAAGGAAGUCAUCCUGAAGAGGGCAGCUGACCUAGUAGAAGCUCUGUACGGGAUGCCACACAACAACCAGGAGAUCAUCCUAAAGCGGGCAGCGGACAUCGCGGAGGCGCUCUACAACGUGCCGAGGAACCACAACCAGCUGCCGGGUCUGGCCAACAGCUCUGUCCAUGCCGGCAUGAUGGGGGUCAAUUCCUUCCCGGGCCAGCUGGCAGUCAACGUGUCCGAGACCACUCAAGCCGCUAACCAAGGCUUCAGCCGGAACACGAGCAGCGUCUCCCCCCACGGAUACGUGCCCAGCUCCACGCCCCAGCAGACCAGCUAUACCUCCGUCGCCACCAGCAUGAAUGGCUACGGUAACACGGGCAUGUCCACGCUGGGCGGCUCGCCCAACUUCCUCAACGGCUCCGCUGCCAACUCGCCCUAUGCCAUCGUGCCCUCCAGCCCCACCAUGGCCUCCUCCACCAGCCUGCCCUCCAACUGCAGCAGCUCUUCUGGAAUCUUCUCCUUCUCUCCUGCCAACAUGGUGUCUGCCGUCAAGCAGAAGAGCGCUUUCGCACCCGUGGUGCGGCCCCAGGCCUCGCCGCCGCCCACCUGCACUAGUGCCAACGGCAACGGCCUGCAAGAUCAAUCUUUCGUGGACUCUAGCAAGUACUCAACAGCCGGCUCGUUACAGGGCCUGGCCUUCUCCUGAACAGCGAUUCCUGGGAUGAUCGUCCCUCCGAUGUAGAAGAUUUGUGAACGGAGGCGGGGACACUGCAACGCCGUAGAUUCCGGCUCUCAAACCCAGGCAUCUCGACAGCUCUACAUGAGAAACGGGAACCGUAACUCAGGCCUUUAUUUAAAAACAAAAAAAAACAAGGAAUUAUAUUUGGUAAAAAAAAAAAAAAAAGAACGGGGGGAUAGCACUGCAACAAUGCGUUCACGUUUUAAAUUCGUAAAAAUUGCGUGGAUGCCUGUGAAGAAGCAGGGUGACAAGCCUCCCCGUGCAGGCGGACGGGAACCAUAUUUAUUUUGGAAAAAUCCGAUUUCUCCCUGUUGCUUUCUCGUUUAAGUUUUCAUUUAGUUUGAACGUUAUGCCUAUUUUUUAAGAAUUGUAAUACACGAGGGACUCUAUUUCGGUAUAUUUUAUUUAUAAUGUUUAAUUGAGGGAUGGAGUGGAAUGUGAGGCGUGUAGCUUUGUGACUGUGAGAUACGCUCAUUAGCGAAUUUCUUCGAUCAGGAAUGAAGACUGAAGUGGUUAAAGGCCCUCAGUAGGUCGCACUGCUCAGUCCUUCUGGAAAUGGGGAUUUCCGGGGUUGAGCCUCAGAAGGGCCUCUGGAGGGCGCUGUAGAUAGGGCUGACACACAGACACACAGGUCUCUACACCAGCUCUCUUACGCUUUACGCUCAUCUCACUGGCCGCUAUCAGGUCAAACACGGCCGUCACCUGAUCCUCGGAGCCAUUUACCCACAAUGCAAUGCUGAUCUCACAGUGUUGCGCUGGCAUGUUGGCCCCGGCACCCCCAGGGUUUUCUCUGUGUGUAUUGCGGCUUUUGGGGAGGGGGGGGGCAGUGUUUGCCAUAAAUUAACAAAGCCCUUUAUUUUUAACAUUCGCUAUUAUAUCAGUUAAGAAGGAAAAAUGCAAUUAACAGGUUGUCAACAUUAUAUGUUGGCUUUACAAAUGAAAGGUUUUAUAUUUUGAGUAGCCCUGCGGACAGAUCCUGCUCUACAUGAGGCUAUUUAGGGGAGAUUUUGUUUCUUUUUCAUUUCGUAACGAGACUGUGAUCUUCAUAGUUGGCCUUCUGUGCUUUCUUGCCUCCUAACAAGAACAAACGUUGAGGAAGCGAAAGGAGAGAGAUCCCUCGGGGAAAGUGCAUGAAGAAACGAAGGAAAAAGACUUAUUUUUCGGUGAUCAUGAAGGAGCACUGUUACGUAACACGAGGUCUUUCGACUUUGUCCUUUCUUUUCUUAUCCAGCACUAAUAAUCUGCUCAACAAAAGUGUCAAAGACCCCCAAAAAAUCGGUCGGAUCAUUUCAAUCGUUUAUGUUCUAUAAUUUGUGUAUAUAGCAAUACAUGUUUGUUUUUGUGGUUAGAUUUUUUUUCUUUUGCCAAAGCCAUUGUUUUUAAAUAUAUUUAUACAUUAAAAUGUCUUAAGGCAGCUUCAGGAUAUGUUUACCAACUGCUAACUUGCAAAUGAUAAAAACAGAGAGGAUGUGGAAUUUCUGGAUACAUUAAGGAGUUUUCUGUAAAAUAUCCAUAUAAAUAAUGUAUUUAUCUCUGGAAGUUGUGCAUCGCCUCUCUCCCCACGUUGAUUUCUUUGCUCUGUGAUGAAGUGCUGACCUCCUUACUUUACUUGGCAUCUGGCUCUUUCAGUGUGACAUUGAUUUCUCUCAUUUAGCCUCUCGUUUCUCAUUCAUUUUGUACCGUUUUAAGGCUGUGCUUCCAUUGUUUUUUAUUUCCGCACAUGAAAAGCCAUUGUCUAUUUUUGUAUUAUUUGUAAGUUAAUGAAGAGUUUUUUUUUCUUUUUUGGAGUUUUCUUAAUGUAUGGCAAAAGAGUAGCAUCUUAUUCUGAUAGUAUUUAGUUAUGUAGAUUUUAAAAUAUGAAUAUAUGAAUAUCUAUCUUUUUCUUUUUGCUCUGUGAGGCUGUCAGGAGCUCAUACUGUUUUGAAUUGAUAAUAUGCAUGGCUCUUUAAUAUGAGAGUGACAGUUGCAUUCUGUGCGUUGAAACUAGGAAGCCCGUUCUGAGGAAACGCUCUUGAAAAUACUUUCUUUUGGGGAUUUUGCCUUCUGUUCUCGCUGUCACCCUCCCUUGGUUAUUGAAACCUGAUUCCUACAUUUCUGUUUUUUCUCACUAUUACAUGAACCAGCAGUUCAGAUGCCUUAACAAUGCAAACCCAUUAGCACCACUGUCGAGCUCCUGAGAAGUUUUUAUUUUGAAAAAAAGGGGGGGGGGGCUGGGCUUGGGGGGACACGGAUUGAGAUGUUUUCAUGAUCCAGAUUGAUGUUUACCGGCACUCGUUAUUCCUCAUGGCCCAACAAGAGAGACCCUGUCGAUCGAUGCACUUGGUGGGG